CCACCGACAAUUCACCUUUCGAAGGAUAUUGAUAGGUUGUGCAAGGAGUGGGAGAGUUCGAACUUGCUUUGUGUGGGUGGUCGUGGAAUUCCUGUGAAAUACUGGGGUGAGUUCUACAAGAGAGCAAAAGGCGCCAAAACAACAGCUUGGGAUGCUCUAAGGGUUGAGUGGGGGAAUUGGAAGUUUAUUGCCGAGGAGCGCCAGCAUUAUCCAGAUACCGCCUCCUUCUGGUGUGCAUUCAGUGAUGGAAACGGCAAGAGAUUUUCUUAUCAGCAAAUCCUUAACUGCAUCGCCGAGCAGCGGACUGCUGCUGCAGCUCGAGAUGCAAAUAAUGCACGCACAUUUUUUGGUGGAAAUCUCGACCACCCAUUGGCUCAGGGUGCAUUCCGCUAUGCCAAGGGUAGCAAAACAUAUCUAUUACAAAAGGAUGACGCCAUUGCAAAGAAAUGGCGUGAACUUCUCUCGAUG